GGUCACGUGUUGUUUUGCUCUUUAGUUGGGGCACUCGGAGCGCGAUGUGUUACUUACGGCGAAACUCCCGCCGGCGCCGGCAGCACCAGCGGCAGCAGCGGCGGACCGGGAGCGGCAGCGGCGCCGCCGGUACCCGAGCCGGGGAGGACGCCAGGCGGCCGCCGGCAGCACCCGCUGCCUAGAGGCGACAGCGAGGACUCCGCUGCGGCUUCGGGCAGCCGCGUUCUUCUACGGAGGAAUAACUUUAUUUUACCUGCUUCUCUCAAUUCUUACUUUAUUUUUUCUUUUUCUUCUUUUUUUUCGCCGCGGCACUCGGUUCUCGGUUCCGCUCGGCGUCGGCGGCAGCAGCGAGAGGAGCCGGGCGGUGCUCCCGCCGCAGGGCUGGGGAUGGCGAGCCCCGCCGUGCUAGGGCUGCUGCCCCCCCUCAGCUCCCUGCCCGGCCCCAACCUGAACAACAACAACAACAACAACCAGGGCGUGAGGAAGUGCGGGUACCUGCGCAAGCAGAAGCACGGCCACAAGCGCUUCUUCGUGCUGCGCGGCCCGGGCGGCGGCGGGGAGGAGGCGGGGGGCGCCCGGCUGGAGUACUACGAGAGCGAGAAGAAAUGGAGGAACAAGUCCGGGGCGCCCAAGCGGGUGAUCGCCCUGGACUCCUGCCUCAACAUCAACAAGCGGGCGGACGCCAAGCACAAGUACCUCAUCGCCCUCUACACCAAGGACGAGUACUUCGCCGUGGCUGCCGAGAACGAGCAGGAGCAGGAGGGCUGGUACCGGGCUCUCACCGAUCUGCUCAACGAGGGCAAGGCGGCCUGCCAGGGGUCUCCCCACCGCCACCUCGCCUCCCCCUUCUCCGCCUCCUGCGGCGCGGCCGCCGCCUCCCUGGCCGCCGCCGGUGAAGACCUCAACUACGGGCUGAUCGCGCCUGCCACUGCUGCCUACCGGGAGGUCUGGCAGGUGACGCUGAAGCCCAAGGGCUUGGGGCAGAGUAAAAACCUCACCGGUGUCCACCGGCUCUGCCUCUCGGCCCGCACCAUUGGGUUCGUGCGUCUCAACUGCGAGCUGCCCUCGGUCACGCUGCAGCUGAUGAACAUCCGCCGCUGCGGCCACUCCGACAGCUUCUUCUUCAUCGAGGUGGGGCGCUCGGCCGCCACCGGCCCCGGCGAGCUCUGGAUGCAGGCGGACGACUCGGUGGUGGCCCAGAACAUCCACGAGACCAUCCUCGAGGCCAUGAAGGCGCUGAAGGAGCUGUCCGAGUUCCGGCCUCGAAGCAAGAGCCAGUCCUCCUCCUCCUCUUCCUCCGGGGGGGCCGGCGGGCCCGGCGGCAGCGGCACCUCCGCCACCCACCCCAUCACCGUGCCCGGUCGCCGGCACCACCACCUGGUCAACCUGCCUCCCAGCCAGACCGGCCUCCUCCGCCGCUCUCGCACCGACAGCCUCGCCGCCGGCGCCGGCACCAAGUGCACGCCCUGCCGGGUGAGGACGGCCAGCGAGGGUGACGGCUGCCGAGUGGGCUCGGCGGCCGGCAGCCCCAUGAGCCCGGGCCCCGUGCGGACCCCCCUGAGCCGCUCGCACACGCUCAGCAGCGGCGGAGGCCGGCAGGCGGGGAAGCUGCUGCCGGUGCUCGCCGGCGGCGGGCUACAGAGCAGCCGCUCCAUGUCCAUGCCCGCCUCCCAGUCGCCCCCUUCCGCCACCAGCCCCAUCAGCCUCUCCUCCAGCAGCGGCCUCGGCUCCGAGACUGCCCACCCGCAUCACCCGCAGCGCCCGUCCAGCGGCAGCGCCUCCGUCUCCGGUUCCCCCAGCGACGCCGGCUUCAUGUCCUUCGAUGAGUACGGCUCCAGCCCGGGCGGCGACCUGCGGCCCUUCUCCUCCUCCUCCACCGCCAGCAACCGCAGCAACACCCCUGAGUCGAUGGCCGAUACCCCCCCGGUGCGGGACCCGGGGGGCGGCACCGAUCUCUACGGCUACAUGGCGAUGGAGCGGCCCCCGAGCGGCCGCCUCUGCUACCGGCCCUGCCCCGACGCCGCCGGCGACAGGUGCCAUCGAAAGCGGACCUAUUCCCUGACCACGCCGUGCCGGCAGCGACCCGCCCCGCCUCAGGUCUCCUCCGCCUCCCUCGACGAGUACACGCUGAUGCGCGCCACCUUCGCCGGCAGCGCCGGCCGCCUCUUCCCCUCCUGCCAAGCCGGGGCUUCCCCCAAAGUGACCUACACCCCGUACCCCGAGGACUAUGGGGACAUCGAGAUCGGCUCCCACCGCAGCUCCGGCAGCAGCAGCACCAAUCUGGGGCCACCGGCAGCGGGUGGUGGUGGGGGAGAUGAUGACGGCUACAUGCCCAUGACCCCUGGUGUGGCCGCAGCCUUAGGGCAGGGAAGCCGGGGCGGCGAUGAUUACAUGCCCAUGAGCCCCACCAGUGUGUCCGCCCCCAAGCAGAUCCUGCAGCCCCGGGCAGGGGUAGGGAGUGGGUCCCCCGGGAACGGGAGCAGCUACAAGACCAGCUCACCUGGGGAAAGCUCCCCGGAUGAUAGUGGGUACAUGCGGAUGUGGUGUGGCUCCAAGCUAUCUGUGGAGAGCUCAGAUGGAAGACUGAGUAACGGUGACUAUAUCAAUAUGUCCCCUCGGGACCCCCAGCAUGGGCCCCAGGUUCCCUCCCUUACCCCCCCAGACUUCUUUUUCGCCCCGUCAGGGCAUGGGUCCAGUGAGCCCUCAAAGCCCAGCUGCUAUUCAUACAGUUCCUUACCCCGCUCCUAUAAGAGCCAGGGAUUGGCGAAGGACAGCGACCAGUAUGUCUUCAUGAACUCCCCGGGGAGGAUGAUCCCGGAGGAGGCGGUGUGUGGAGUGGGCCAGUCGCCUGCCGGCACCUUCUCCCCCUCCAGCCACAUGGUGCCUUCACCCCUGCGGCACAGCCGGACUGAGAGCUUCCUGAGCCAGCGGUGCCAGCCGGCAGCCCGGCCCAGCCGCCUCUCUUUGGAGACCUUGCGGACGGUGCUGCCCAGCAUGAAUGAGCACCCUCUGCCGCUUGAGCCCAAGAGCCCUGGCGAAUACAUCAACAUUGACUUUGGGGAUGCUGCUGUCUAUUCUCCCCCCUCGCUGCCUGCUGACAGCCCGGCCUCCUCCCUGGGCUCAGGAACAGGGCAGAGGCGCUCCCCGCUUUCUGACUACAUGAACAUGGACUUUGGGUCACAGUCACCCUCCCAGUCAGGCACGGUCUCAGUGGGCUCCCUGGAAGCUCUCUCACCGAGCUCUUCUUCCAGCACCAGCCAGCCCAAUGGACGCUACCUGAAGGCGGCUGUGGGGGUGGCUUGUUCAUCCAGCCCGUCAGAUGGUGGGGAUUACACUGAAAUGACCUUUGGCAUGGCCACCACCCCACCCCAACCCAUUGUUCAGAAGCCAGAAAGUGCCCGGGUCACCAGCCCCACAGCUGGGGUGAAGAGGCUCACCCUCUCUGGGGUGGAGGCUUUCAUUCUCUCAAGCCCUCCCCCAGACCCAAACCGGGGGGCCAAAGUCAUCCGGGCAGAUCCUCAGGGGCGGAGGAGGCACAGCUCAGAAACUUUUUCCUCCACCACCACUGUGACCCCAGUGUCCCCUUCCUUCGCACACAACCCCAAACGACACAACUCGGCCUCGGUGGAGAAUGUGUCCCUCAGGAAAAGCGAAGGCCUGGAGGAGGAGCAGGGUAGCAGUCCCAUGUGCCGCGAGACCUCAGCUGGCUUCCAGAAUGGCCUCAACUACAUUGCCAUUGACGUAGUGGAUGGGUCCCUGGCAAACUGUGACAAAUCCAGGUUGAAAGCCAGGCAUCUCCUGAAUGGGGGCAUCAGUGGAGUAGAGAUGAGCGCCUAUGCCAGCAUAGACUUUCUGUCUCACAACCUGAAAGAAGCAAGUGCUGUGAAAGCUUCUAAAUGCAGGUCACGUGGAGAAGUGGUGCGGGGAGGCUCGUUGGGAUUGACCAGCUCUGUAGGAGGUGGGCGGGAUUCUCCAGCACCUCGCUUCCCUGAGAGGGGUGCCAGCCUGUGGGGUGCACUCAGGGGUACAGGGGUAAAUGGAUGUAACCAGAGUGAGGCCAAAGGUGGUAAGGAAGAACCUCACACCACCAGCAUCCUCAGCCAAUGGUGUACAGGGUUGGGUACCAAAAUUGAGGCAUCAGGUUAAUUGCACUUUUGGCAGUCAAGCUGGGAAAGUGGUACCAUGGGGAAGGAGAAGUACAUCACAAAGGACUUGAUCGGUUUAAGUUGAAUCAAAGCAUACAUUUUUGCAAAUUUCCUAGUUUCCCUUUCGGUUUUCGUUGGGAUUUCACACCAAGUUUGUUUACAGAAGGACUUCUGCUACCAUUUAGAAAGGUCAACCAGUAUUGUACUAAUGUAUUUGAAUUUCAAACAUUUUGAUUUGGGAGACUACUAAGAAUUUCACGUUUUAUAGAGAAACACAUGCAGUUUAAAGAAAACAGUAUUUUGCAUGUAAACAGGGUUAUUUUAACAUUAGUAAUACAGGCAAAUUUGAGAAAAUCUAAUUCUGUAAAAGUGGUUUGUACAGGAGAGAGCUUAUAUAAUCAGUGUUGUUUGUUUAGUUGUUUGCACUGUUUUCAAAUUUUGUUUUUAACUACAUUAGAAAAGUGAGAAGCUUUACUUCUUCAAAAACCAAGUGUGGUUCCUAGUAAUUUUAAAACAAUGGAGAAUCCACAUAUAUUUAAUACUUAGAACAGGAGGCUGAGAUACAGACUAUACGGACAAGCCCCUUGUAAUUACCUUCUUAGUAAAUUAACAUUUGAUUUGUUUAAAAUACAUGUAAAAAACCAGUUUGGAUUCUUCCUUAAGGUUUGUAGCAGUACUUGCAUUUUCAUCUGGAUAAAUGUUUUGAGGGAAACUGUUUGUAUCAUUUGAAGGUGGCUGGCUUUCACGUGUAGCUUGUCUCUACUAUCUGUAACUUGCCUCUGCUGCAGGGAGUGCUGUGCUUUUGGAAAUCUCUCUCCAUAUUAUCCUGUUGUGAUAGAAGCAAGGAGUGCAUCCACAGCUGAUGUCAAAACAGAAGAGUUAAAAGGUUGCUUAAAAUGAUAGAUUCAUUUAGUUUUACUGUGUUCUGAAAAUGUGAAAAUAUUUAAUAGUUGGAGAAACAAUUGCCUUCGUCUGAUAUGUAAAUAAAAUAAUACUGUUACUGGUUGGUUAAAGCUUGUUACUUGCUAAUAAUUAGCCUUUGUUUUUAAAUUAUGACUGCUUUUUUGCUUAAAAACAUAUGAACCGUGUAUGGAUUUAAUUAUUUAUGGAGAUGUUUACACUGUUUUUUUUUCAUAUAGUGCGAAUUAUUUAUUCCAGUAUAUUUAUGAGAGAUUAUACCCAAUAAUGAUGUGACUUUUUAUAGUGGAUCUUAGUUCUCUUGAAGUCAAAUGGUAGUUUUGUCUCUGUCUUAAUGGGGAUUUUACCGUUUGUGUGUAUUCCUGAAAUUCUUAAGAUUCCCAUUAAAUUUAGUGAAUGUAUAAUAGGGAAUUUUGCUUAAUUGAAACCACCAGAAUUGGGUGGUUAGUCUUUAAUUGUGUUUUCUUUUCCAUUCACAGAGUGCUCUGUACCUUUAACUUGUAGUUGGUCUAGUUUUCUAAAAAUGGACAGAUACUAUGUGUAAUGGUGCAAAAAAAGCUGAAGGUUCUUCUCCUCCCGUGUUAGUUUAUUUUGUCUUGAUUUGUUUAAAAAAGUCAUCAUCUGUAAUGCAUCUACUUAAGAUCGUAAUAAGGUGAUUUUUGAUAAUCAUGACCCCCACUCCUGCCUUGUCAAUUAGCUUUCAGUUUUGUGAGGGAUUUAUGGUUGCACCUAAAUAAUAAAAGCCUAUCUUAAGAAAUC